AGGAGAUCUCGAAAUGAAAAUCAACCCGCAGCGCAUGAACAGCAAGAACUCAAAUCAAUUGCAACAGGAUUUUCGUCCAGUAAAGUUACUGACGUGGUCGUUCCUGAUGGUGCUAUUUCCUACGAGAGGAGAAGAAUGACAGCAAACCCGUUGAUAAAAACAAACCAAUCACUACCAAACAACAGCCGAAACCUUCAAACAUUUGGUAGCAAUGGUUUAAAACUUUCCAAACCCAAACGUCGUUAUACAAAAAGUAACAUCGGCUUUAAUUCUCGCAAACCCAAGACCUCUCACAACCACCAGGCUCUUGACCAGGAUGAUAAUUCGCUUUGCAGUCAUUAUAAACGACACUGUUACGUGAAAUUUGAGUGUUGUGAUAAAUUUUGGCCAUGUCAUCGUUGCCAUAACAACCAAAGUACUUGUGGAAAAAAAAAGCUUAAGUCACGUGACACAAAGAUGGUGAAGUGCGUUUAUUGUAACGAAGAGCAACCAUUUGGAGAGUUUUGCUGUAACUGCAAUGCAAAAUUUGCCAAUUAUUUCUGCGGUUUGUGUUUGCACUUAACUGGUAAAGAUGACCAUCCUUAUCAUUGUGAAAAAUGUGGAAUCUGCAGAAUUCAUGGUGAUCGAUCUUUCCAUUGUGAUGUUUGUGGUGUGUGUCUGGAUGUCCAACUUCGAGGAAAUCAUAAAUGUCGUGAAGGAUCUGCUCAUGAUGAAUGUUGCAUAUGUUUGGAGGACGCCUUCACAGGAUGUCAGAUUCUGCCGUGUUCUCAUAAAGUACACAAAGAAUGUGCAACUCAAAUGAUCAGAAGUGGAAUUACCCGUUGUCCAAUCUGCCGGGAAAGUUUCGCUCACAAGCUUGAACGACGACCACUGACAAAACCAGGAAAACGUUUUUGAAAGUAAUUGUGUUUGGCCACAAGACUUCCAUAAGCUCAAAGGCACAGCUAGUCUGCAUCAGUCCAAUGAUGUCUUCAUCGCGAUGUACAUCGUUAAUUCACGAUAUCAUACCUGGGUUGAGCGUAGAGUAGCCGAUCACCGAGCACUUGGACUUCCGCCAUUGUUGGUCAAUCUUGCAAUUACUGUAAGCACUUUUUUUCGUACUUUACCUAAAGUGCGUUCCUAUAUAAUAUUGCAUUCCUUUAACAUUUCUUUCCAAUGUCUUAAUGUAGUCGUAAUAUAAGUAAGAAUAUUGAGUCAUAGCACUGCAUGAUAAAAGUAUCCCAAAAUCAAGAUCUCUGAUGGACUUCUUGCAAUGCAAAUCCCACUGUAAGUGUUGAUGAAAUAUUGAACUGAAUGUUGUUCUGUCAGUGAUUGAAAUAGUAA